CGGAAUGACGUACGCAUGCGAGAGGUGGUGCAUGGGGCGCGUGUCAGUCGUCGGAGAGUGAGUCCAGCGGUAAGGUAAGAUCAAGAGCGACUGUGAGUGCGUUUAGAAGCGCGUGCGAGUGAUUUACCAUCGACACCGUCACUCCAACGGGGGCACAAGCACCUUUUACCAACGUCCAGAAGGCACAGCGCGACUCGUGGGGCCCCAAAUGGUUGAUUCCGAGAAUGUCUCAGCAUCGAGCGGUUCCGGCGCAGAUGGCGUCCAACCGGCAACAGCUCCAUCUACGGCACCCGCCGCAAAUGCCGGUGCUCAAAAGCAAACCAAGGAAGUUGUCGCCUUGAAGGUGACGGGCUUGGUGAAGUGGUUCAAUGUGAAAAGCGGCUAUGGGUUUAUAAACCGCAAUGACACCAAAGAGGACGUCUUCGUGCACCAAUCCGCCAUCAUACGGAAUAAUCCGAAGAAAGCUGUACGAAGCGUCGGGGAUGGAGAGCUCGUGGAAUUUGACGUGGUAGUAGGUGACAAGGGUAACGAGGCGGCCAAUGUAACAGGACCCGAAGGGAAGCCCGUCCGUGGGAGUCCCUAUGCUGCCGAUAAGCGUAGACCCUACCGUCUCUGGUAUCAACGUAACCGAACCAGACAAGACGGUGAGUCCACUGGAGACUUCUUCGGUGGUCGUGGUGCAAAGAAGGACGCGCCCGAAGGAUCCGAAGAGAGCGAUGGUGCUGAGCCGCAGCAACAACAACAGCGGCCAAUGCGACGUUUCCGUGGCCGUGGAGGACGUGGCGGUCACUAUGGUGGCGGCGGCGGUGGUUUCUACGGUGGCGGUGGACGUAUGAGACGAGAGGCACCCGAGGAGGGGCAGGGUGACCAGGAGGAGGGAGGUGGUCCCCCGAGAGGCCGUGGUAGGGGCACAGGGGCCCCACGGCGACUCUACCGACGCAGCUUCCGCGGUGGCAUGCGUGGUGGUGGAGCCCCACGCAGGCAGGCCCCGCGCGAUGGUGGUGGCCAGGAACAGGAGGCAGCACCCAAAGGGAAUGGUGCAGCCCCGAAACGCCGUGGUCGUGGCAAAUGGCGGCCAAGUGGCCAACAACGGAAAGGUACGAGAACGGCGGCGGGUGGCGGCGCGGCCGAGAACAAUGAGACGACCCUGGAGCCGCCGGGCGAGAGCACCGCCUAAAAGCCAAAAUUUCUUUCUUUUUUUUGUUUUUUCAAACACUCCCGCCCCCUUUCCUCACUUCACUUUACCAUCCAAUCUGUUCACUUCAGGCGUGUUGCUGUUGCUUCAUUAAUUUUCACAAAACAAUUUUGGCUUGCUUAAAAAUACGUUUCCAUUGUCCGUCUGCUGCCGCUGCUCGUCUCAUCUUUUUUUUUACAACAAAAUAAAAAAAUAUUCAUCCCAGUAAAAAAAAAUGAAGAAGCUAAAUUUUCACGUGAAGAAUUCUUAAAGAAUUGUUUUUAAAAUUGAAGGAAAAAAAAUGAAUUUUGGACGUUAUUUUGUGGAAGAAAAAUUUAGCAUUUUCAUUAAAUAAAAAAAAAAGCUUUUCCUGCCAUUUGAUUUCCUUUGCAUUUAGAAUUUUUUCUUCAUUCCCCUUUUCCGCCCAUCAUAAAAUGCACAUUGAUAACAAAAUUGAUUUGUAGACAUGGACGCGUAGAUGCUGAGAGAGAGAGGGAGAGAAAGAGAGAUUUAGGAUAAGAGAACUUGAAGUGAACACAGAGAGGAGAAAAAAUCCACAACUACACAUCACCAUCUCUCACAAAAAAUAAUGAUCUUUAAGAAAAAGAAAAAAAAGAAUAGAAGCAUCAUUUUCUUUUUUUUUUAAUCGGCAAACUCAUCUCCAUUUUAUGCGCAUACCGGCCGCCGUGUGCGUGAAAUAAAUAAAUAAAAAAAACACCCAGUUUCUCACAUUUAUCACGAAUGAAAAUAAAAAAAAAUGAAAUCAUCAUAAAAUGAAGAAUUAUAAAAUACAUGAAGAAAUAAUAAUAAAAUAAACAAAAAAAGCAGAAAAAUGCAUUAAAAACAAGGACGUACUACAUAGGAAAGAAUUAAUAUGUUGGAUAUAUAGGAAGAAACACCCACACAGGAUUUUUAGAUGGAUAAAAUCGCAGAUAUUUAAUGAAAAAAAAAUUGUAGAAUUGAAUGGAAUAAUUGAGAAGAAAUUAAAUAAAAUGAUGCAUUUUCAAAGUUUUGAGCUGAA